AUGGAAAUUUAUGUCAGAUUUGAUGAUCAUCGGGGCAGGGAGAGCUAUCGGCCAACGGCAUCUCGGGGCUAUAGCCGUCACACGUCACCAGCGCGAACUCGUUCCCCUCGCCUUGUUGCCGAUACAUGGGUGCCGCCUUCCAAUCGACCGUACGGUCGUUUUAGGGAUCGUUCGCCAUUGCCGUAUAGAUGCCGUUCUCGGAGCCCUACUUUUCGCCAGAGAGACGGUGAGAAUAAUCCUUACACGCACACAGCUCAGAGGAAACUUUCUCCGAGGCGUGAGAUACGGCCCAGAUCGCCCCAAUUUGGGUGGCGUUCGCGUUCCCCCUACCGGGAUAGACGCCCUCGCGAUGUUUCUCGUGGCCGGUCCACUCCGAGUUGGCGAGACCCUACCCCACCGAAACAGGAUCUUCGACUCUUGAAACGAGAGAGAGGUCCUCAGCCCCCUCCCGAUCACUACAAGAAAUCAGCAUCUCCCAUGAGGCAUGCCUUCUUACGAAACAGCAACUCGCACCCACUAAUCUCUCACAACCUGCGGACUCCACCCGAAGGACCUCCAGAACGGAGUUCAGGGAAUGCCACAUUUCAAACCCGACAAUCACCCUCUGUUAGGGAUGCUUCGAGCAUUCACAUCUCUGCCCCGAGCACUGUUUCCAACUCAAGACGACCAUCGCCGACGAUUGACAGACCCAAUGCAACUGCCGAGGAAUCCCGGGGUCGUUCGCCAGCAGAAUGUUAUAUUCCACAACGCCGCGCAUCCAGAUCUUCAAUUCAUUCGACACCUUCCCAUGUGCAAAUGGACGUCGGAAAUGAAAGGGAUAGUCAAGAUAAGUCUUUGGGCUAUUCGUCACUUCAAGAACAACCUUGUGCAUUCCCAGAUGGUACAACAGCUCUUGGUAUAAAGUCAACCCAGCCCACAGGGCCGUCGAUUGAAUCGGAUUGCCGUUCAAAUCAUGCAUCUCCCAACGCUCUCUCCACCCAACUAAAUUCGUCUCAUGGUCGCGGGCCAACCAUAUCCCUGCUUUCAGCCCCUACUCGCCCUCGCGGAGGUUCCAAUACCAAGGAAAAUUUUCGUACGGGCGUUUCCACUCGCCGGGGGCUAACAUUUGUUCCCAGUGCGCCUCCAACCGGCCCGCGAAAUAGCCAUACCGCAGCUGUACCCGUGGAUAGUCAUCGACCCCAUAUCCACCGCCACAACAGUCUCGCUGGGCCAUCCUGGCCCCGCACCCAGAAGCAUACAAAUCAUCUUGCUGGUCUUUGUGCGAUUAUCCCGGGAGGCAGGCUCUUAGCGUGUGACGUGGCUACUGUCAUGGAAAAACGCCUUGGACAGUUGGAUUCAGACAAAGACCGACUGUUUGAGCAAAUUACCGAUAGCCAACGGCUCAAGCGACUCGUUUCUCAAGAAUGGGAUCGGCUAGAUAGGGAAAGCUCUAUUUGUGUAUUAAAGAGUGAGUUAGCAGAGGGUCAUCUGCAACGCAUCACAGAUGGGGAGAGUAUAAAUGCGGGUACAACGUUCUAA